AACACAGAACUCAGAGCCCAUCAUAAUCAGAGUACAUUUCUGCUUGUUUUAUCUGAGAUUUACAUAACCUGAAGCUGACAGGUUUUCAUUUAACAGAUUUUUUUCACAACUAAAUCCAGUCUUACAGGCCAAAAUGGAUUUCUUCCUUGAUGACCUUCCAUCCACCUCCAUGUCCACUCCUAAGAAAGGACAUGACGAUUCGCUGAUGCUGGAAGAUACAGAUCACGAUUUGUCAAGAAAGAAGUCCUCAAGUGUGAGCAUGACUGAGAUUGAAGAGCAGCACAGCAGCUCAUACAUUGAUAACAUCAGCAAAAAAGCACAAGAAAUGAUCGAAAAAAUAAACCACGGACGAACCAGAGACCAGGAGAUGAUGGACGGUUUUCAGGAGAAGCUAACAGAGAAGGUGACAGAGAUGUGCCAACUGAUGAAAGAGCACAUGUACAUCAUCUAUGAGAAGAACAGUAAUGAAAUCCAGGUGAAGCUGCAGGAGCUGUCUGAGGUGCUGGAAAACUGCUCUAAGCUGAACCAUGAGCUCCUGGAGGCCAGUCAGGCCCUGGCUAGCCUUAGACACGGGCUAGACAUUAAUCAGAGAUCAGAGCAAUAACUACGUUUUUUUUUAUGUUCUAACGAGCUUGUGGUUUUGUUUAACAUGAAGACGAGUUUAAUGGUUUUGGUGGUGCUUUUAUUGUUACACUGUUUGUUCUUCCUUUCUUCGCCAGUACUAAACAACUGAUUUCCCUCAGGUUUCAAUUAACCAUUUUCUGACUACAGCUGAAAAACAGACUAACUAAAGCUAAACU